AUGCAGCCGCAGCAGGGCGGCGUCCCAGGCCCUUCAGCAGAAUCCCCUCCAGCGCGCACUGCUGCUGCUGCUGCUGCUGCUGCUGCUGCUGCUGCUGCUGCUGCUGCUGCUGCUGCUGCUGCUUGCCCAGCAGCUGCAGAAGCUGCUGCUUCUGUCUUUGAGUCUGAAAAAAGAAAUCUUGAAACUAAAAAAGAAGUACCCUCCAGCAUCCCACGCAGCCUGGGGGCCCCUGGAGGGGGCCCCCCGGGGGGCCCCCCGGGGGGCCCCCCAGCAGAGGGGCCCCCACAUGGGGGGCCCCCCUUGGGGGCCCCUUCUAUGGGGGCCCCCCCCGUAGGGUACCUGCAGCAGGGGGCCCCGAGGGGGCCCCAAGACGGGGCCCCUGGGGGCCCCCAAUCUGAACUUCCGAGGGGCCCCCCAAGGGACUCUCUAGGGUUUAAUUCCGCUGGGGCCCCCUCGGGGGCCCCCCAGGAUGGGGGGCCCCCAGGGGGCCCCCACAAAGAGGGGGGGCCCCCAGGGGGCCCCCAUGAGAAAGGGGCCCCUGGGGGCCCCCAAGAAGGAGGGGAGCCAGGGGCCCCCCAAGAAAAAGGGCACCUAGGGGGGCCCCCAGAAAGGGGGCCCCCAGGGGGCCCCCAGGAAGGGGGGCCCCCAGGGGGCCCCCAAGAAGGGGGGCCCCCGGGGGGCCCCAAGGAAGGGGGGCCCCCGGGGGGCCCCCAGGAAGGGGGGCCCCCGGGGGGCCCCCAGGAAGGGGGGGGCCCCCGUUUUUCCGACUUGUGGAGUUUGUGGAAAGAGACAGCUUGCUGCUUGCACAGCUUCAGCCAAGUUGCUGCAUAUCCUUCUGCAGCAGAAGUUUUUGCUGCUGUCUUCAAGUCUAUGGGGGGCCCCCAGGGGGGCCCCCCGAGGGCCCCCAUUGUGCUGCCGCCGCAUUUCGCUGCGGCUGAAGGGUCUGCAUACCCUAAUGCAAAGGCAGUUAUGUCUUACCGCGCAUUUAAAAAGGCGGGACUGGCCUGCGGGGGCCCUUUUUCUUUCUUUUUUACCCCCAGCGUCUUCUGCGAGUUUUUGAGAGAUGCCCAUGGAGACAUUUCGACGCAAACUGCAGCGAGGACGCUGCUGAACUCCAUUUUUAAUGCACACUUGAGGGAAAAGGCUCAGCCGUACUUAAACGAGAGAGAAGAGUUCACAUUAGACGGUUUGUCUCUGAUGUUUCGCGAGUGGGCUUUGGACCCUUCUUUUGCUGCUCUCGCCGGAGUUUUGGAAGAAGACGAAAUGGCUCACCCGGGGCUGCUGCUCUUCUUCUCAAGGUUUCUUGCCGUUCGUCUUUUUUUCGUUUUGGAUUCGGGCAAAAGAGGUUUUGUUCAUGUCAAAGAGUUGCUGGCGUUUGAAGAGUUCCAGCAGCUACUUAAUGCGCUUUAUAAACCCAUUGAUUGUCCCCCCGAAGAAAUCCUGAGCCAGUGGUCUGUCCAGUUUGCCUACGACAUCUUCAACUUUCUGCGGGAGAACGGCUUUUGCUGCAGCAGCAACACGACGUUUGAUUUGCUGCAGUCUCUUGCUGCUGUUGUUUGUCCUUUUGCUUUCGACAUAACUCCUUUUUGUCUCCACCGAAUUUUCCUUUCCAAAGCAGCAGCAAAAAGGGGCCCCAGCAGCAGCAGCAGCAACCUUUACUGGCCCGAAUUCGACGCAGCAACGACCCCCCAGCAGCAGCAGCAGCAGCAGCAGCAGCAGCAGCAGCAGCAGCAGCAGGGGGCAUCGGGGGCGGCAGACACAGGGACGGAAGUCUUGUGCUUAGCAACAGAAGACCUCAUUCGGCUUCUUGCUGCUCUGGACUACUGUGCUGCUGUUUGGAGUCCAACGCCUGCAAAGGCCCGCAUUGUGGCUCCCUCUUGUAUUCGAGCCUCUCUGGAGUUCUUGUGGGACGCCCUGGAUGUCCCCAGGAAGGGCUUUUUCAACAUGACUGACCUCUCUGAAAUGUGGGAGGCAGCAGGAGCAAGUCUGUGCGCUCAAGGGUUUCCUGCUUCGAGCUUGUCGGAGGGUUCUGUUGUUUUGGAGGUUUGGGACCGCCUGAGAAAUUCAGAGUCAAUUCUGAGGCGCAGUACUUGCGUCAAAGACCUCACCCAAGGCCGCAUGCUUUUUAUGCUUUUGGCCUCUCCGACUUUCUUCAGAGUUUUCGACCAAAGAGAACAGCAAUUCCCCGGGGCCCCGCUGCUGCCAGGAGACCCUGUGGCUGUCUCUUCGGAGCUCAACUGA